UCAAUGGAGCUUCUUCAUUCUGCAACAACUCCAAGCAAACAAAAGCUACUCAUUGUAGUGACCAUUGCCAUAUCACUCUUCACCAUUAUUCCUCUUCUCUACCCUUUUGUUGAAGACCCUAACUUCUUCCUCAAGCAACAACCUCCAAGCCAAACCAGCAUCCUCAAGCUCCAGAACGGCCUCGUAACAACACAAGAGAGCUGCGACAUAUUCUCCGGAGAGUGGGUUCCUAACCCGGAAGCACCUUACUACACCAACACGACGUGCUGGGCGAUACACGAACACCAAAACUGCAUGAAGUUUGGAAGACCCGACACGGACUUUAUCAAGUGGAAAUGGAAACCCGACCGGUGCGAAGAUGGCUUGCCGGUUUUUGACCCGUUUCGGUUUCUUGAGAUCGUGAGAGGGAAAACCAUGGCGUUUGUUGGUGACUCCGUCAGCAGAAAUCACAUGCAGUCUUUGAUCUGCCUUCUCUCUCAGGUUGAAUAUCCGGUAGACGCUUCGGUCAAGGCCGACGAAUAUUUCAAACGAUGGACAUACGAGACAUACAAUUUCACCAUCGCCGCAUUUUGGACAACACACUUGGUCAAGUCCACAGGACCUGUCCCGACACAGCCCGACCAUACAGAUCUUUUCAAUCUACACCUUGACGAGGCUGACGAGAGUUGGACAGGCGAGAUAGGAGACUUUGACUACGUGAUCAUCUCCUCUGGCCACUGGCAUUUCCGGCCAUCAGUCUACUACGAAAACCAGACACUCACUGGUUGCCACUAUUGCCAACUACCAAACAUAACCGAUCUCACCAUGUUUUACGGGUAUAGAAAAGCGUUUAGAACAGCGUUUAAAGCGAUCUUGGAUUCAGAGAAAUUCGAGGGCGUCAUGUAUUUACGGACAUUUGCUCCGUCACAUUUCGAGGGUGGAUUAUGGAACGAAGGAGGGAACUGUUUGAGGAAACGACCUUAUCAGAGCAACAAGACUCAAGACGAAGUGACAAUGAGGCUACACAAGAUUCAGUUGGAAGAGUUUGGGAGAGCUGAAGAAGAAGCGAAGAAGAAAGGCAAGAGGUUAAGACUACUAGAUACGACUCAAGCCAUGUGGCUUAGACCCGAUGGUCACCCGAGCCACUACGGCCAUCUUCCCGAGGCUAAUGUCACGUUGUACAAUGACUGUGUCCACUGGUGCCUGCCUGGUCCGAUCGAUAACCUCAAUGACUUCUUGCUCGCUAUGCUAAAGAGAGAAGAAGAAGACAAAGGACUCUCGGCUCAAGUUCGGAAAAUGUUGUCCUAAUCUGCGCAUUUCUCUAUCUCUCUGGUUAAUUUAUUAGUACUCCCUCUGUUUUAUUAUAGUUGAUUUUCUAGAUUUUUUUUCUUGUUUCAUAAU